CGCACAUUCGCUUUUCCCGCGUUAUGAACUUGCCGCGAACUUCCCGAGGAAAGUCACAUGACAGACAAAAAUAGAUUCAUACAAGAACGUUGCAUAAAUUAACAAGCCCCCCUCGCUUAGAAUUUCGAAGUAUGCUGAACUCGCGUUGUGGAUUUUUGAAGGCUAAAUAUAUUUGCCUUUAUAACUUGAUUUGAGUAGAAUUUGAUGUGUAAAUAAUCAUGUCAGCAGUUAGCUUAUGUAGAGCAUGUAGAAGUGUACUGUCGAGAGGUGUUUAUGUUGCUAAUACCGUCCAAAUAAGAUUGAACCAUGAUCGAACGUCACAAAGGGCGCCCCCUUUCAGACCUCAGGUGAAUUACACUGUCGAUGACGAGGAAGUCCGCAAGUUCAAUCAGAUGGCCAGUAUGAUGUGGAAAGAGGAUGGCGAAUUCAAGGCACUGCAUGCUAUGAACGAGCUGAGGGUACCACUUAUCAGAGAUGCCCUGGCAUUGCCUGGCACUUGGAGGAAAACACCAAGGCCAUUGGAGGGAAAACUCAUCUUAGAUGCUGGGUGUGGAGGAGGCAUACUAAGUGAGCCCCUGGCCAGAUUAGGUGCAUUUGUUGUCGCAAUAGAUGCCUCAGAAAAUAACAUUCAGAUUGCUCAGGGUCACAUGAUGCAGGACCCACUUCUCCGCGAGCAGAUCAAAUACAUCCACUGUGAUAUUGAGGAUUUGAUCGGGACAGAGGAAGGAAAGUUUGAUGGAGUGGUGUCAUCAGAGGUGCUGGAACAUGUCAGUAAUGUGGACUCGUUUGUGGAAUCUUGCUGCAGGCUUGUCAAGCCCGGUGGUUCCUUAUUCUUCACGACAGUCAACAAGACCCAGUUAUCCUAUUAUCUGGGGGUCAUAGCUGCCGAAUAUGUCUUCAAAAUUGUACCCCCUGGCACUCAUGACUGGGAGAAGUUCAUCCCUCCAGAGGAGUUAAAAUUUAUGCUGAGCAAAAAUGAAUUCAGCACGAAAUUGAUCCAUGGCAUGUUUUACAACCUUUUGACAGGUCGGUGGAUGUGGAUAAAAGACACAAGCUUGUCGUAUGCUAUACAAGCAGUUAAAGAGGAUCAAAGUGACUAUUCAAGUUCUUCAGAGAGUUCUUCCAAUGGAAGUGACUCUUGAAAGAGACUUUUAUAGUGUUUGUGGUUUUUCUUAUAUGCUUGGCAAAACGUGGGAAAUGUAAUUGGCUUUUUGGUAAAAACAUGCACCACCUGGCUGGCACACCAGCCAGUACAUGUGCUGUGUACUUCAGAUUUAUGAAAUGAUAUUUUGGACAAAUCAUGCACCACUAGGUCAGCGAAAUGAGCCAAGUGGUGUAUGUGAAUGUCCUAUAAGUAGUUGAUUUGAACAGCUCAUGGUAGGGUAACAAUAGCAGUUGUGUUGGACAAACCCUGUAUCAUGAGUGUCCGCAUCAUAUCAAGACUUCUUUCCCUGACGUUUCAUAUUUCAAUAAACAUAGAAGGUUUUUCUAAAA